ACACCUCUCUCUCUCUACAAAUCAAUUAUCAUCUUCUCUUCUCCUCAUUCACAGGCGUGGCUUUUGGCUUUCAUUACAUUCUCUCUUUCUCUGUAUGUGUCUCUCAGCCAUCAUCAACCACCCAUCAAUGGACAUGUCUUCUCAUCUCUUUCCUUCUCUUUUAUAUGCUCACUGUGAGAGCAAAAGGACCAGACUUCCUGUUUGUUUUGUCUUGGUUUCUCUUCCUCACAAUCAUUCUUGUUGCUUCCAUUAAUAUCUCCUUCUCUCUCUCUCUUUAAACCAGCUUUUUUAACUAUUGUGUUUGAAGCAGACAACUAAAAUCAUUCCAAACUCACUGUUUUAUUUUCUUCUUGUCCAUUUCCGACUGAUUUCUCUAUAAAGACAGAUAUGGAUAAGUGGGAGAAACCAGUCAGAGCUGAAGAUCGCUUUCGACAUCACCAUAGAGAAAACCCGUCUUUCUCUUCCACUCUUCUUGAUGCUAUUUACCGUUCGAUUGAUGAAUCCAACGGUAAAGUAGAGGAAGAGUUGAUUUUCGCUAUGAGGAAGAAACACAGCAAUGGUCUGCAAAAAGCAUGCAUGAUAGAGAAAUGGAUGGAGGAAAAAGUAAGCUACGAGAAGGUAGCAGUUGGGAGAAAAUCCAUGGAUGAUUUCGACAAAAAUACUCGAAAAGAUUUCAGUCGUAAACCUCCUGUGUUGCUCAACUCCAGCUCAAGUUCCUCAGAAUCUAGCUGUGGUGGUGGGUUUUCUUCCUCAGAAUCUGAAUCUAUUUAUGGUCUCAGCUCAUCAAGACCAUCAUCAACUUACGCCAUGCAAAAGCCUAAGCCUAUUCGAACCAGCGUUUCUGCUCGGCCGGAGAGAUACGAGAGAGCUGUUGAUGAAAUUGCUGUGUAUCAGUAUAAUCAUCAUCGCGACACAAAUUAUGCGCCAACGCAAAAGCCGAAACACGAAGGCAGUUUUGUGAAGACAAAAUCCAAAGCCUUAAAAAUUUAUGGUGAUCUCAAGAAGGUGAAGCAACCUAUUUCUCCUGGGGGUCGGCUUGCAAGCUUUCUCAACUCUCUUUUCACUGCGGGAAAUGCAAAGAAAGCCAAGAUUUCAUCGUCUUCUGUGUACGAGGAAAGCAAGAUAAAGUCUGAGCAGACAUCGACAUGUUCUUCAGCUUCGUCAUUUUCAAGGUCUUGCUUGAGUAAGACUUCUUCCUCUAGAGGGAAUAAAUUGAGCAAUGGAACAAAAAGGUCGGUGAGGUUUUACCCAGUGAGUGUGAUUGUAGACGAGGAUUCUAGACCUUGUGGACACAAAAGUCUCUAUGGAAAUCAUGAAGAGACUCUAAUGGCAGUCACAGCUACAAGAAAUCUCACAAAUGAAGAGCUCAAGUUCCAUGUCAUGAAUGAAAGUCGCCGAGUUGAGGAAGUUGCAAGGGAUCUCUUAAAGAAUUAUCAAAAGAAGAAGCAAGAGGAGCUUGCUGUAAGAGAUCUUUGCACUGGAAAUAGUGAGUUAUUAGAAGAAGAUGAUGAUGACGACGAAGACGACGCAGCAAGUUGUUCAAGUUCUGAUUUGUUUGAAUUGGAUAAUCUUUCUGCCAUUGGGAUUGAAAGGUAUCGCGAAGAAUUGCCAGUGUAUGAAACAACCCAUCUUGAUACUAAUCUAGCCAUUGCUAAUGGCUUAAUCCUGUAAUUCCCAGAAAGGAAAAAAAAAGAAAAAAAAUAGCUUUAUUAAAUGGUGUGGGGGGUUUACAUCAGAGAAUAAGAUUUAUCAUCUUUCUUUAA